AUGACUACAUUUUUGGGUAUUGAUUUUGCUCCUUUUAAAGUGCCUUUACAUCGACGUUUGGAGACACUGGCAGCAUUGAAAUUUGUGUUUAGUUUUGUUAUAAUGCAUACUAUGGCCACCUUGCUUGUCCUGUAUGUGGUGUUUUAUACAUCAUAUUACUGGCUAGCUCUGAUAUAUCUGUGCUGGCUUUGCUACGACUGGCAUACCCCUUCUCGCGGUGGUCGCAGAGCAAAGUGGUAUCGUACCUGGGUACUAUGGAGAUAUUUCCGAGACUAUUUCCCAGCCAAGUUGAUAAAAACGCACGAACUGGAUCCACAAUAUAACUAUGUGAUUGCUUAUCAUCCGCAUGGUAUCAUGGGAAUGGGCGCAUUUAUUCACUUUGGCACCGAAGCAACAGGGGUUAGUAAGUUAUUUCCCGGAAUCACGCCUUACUUAAUGAUCAUGAAGAUUUUGCUCAAUUUGCCGAUAGUACAUGAUUAUUAUAUGCUCCCAGGUUGCUGUGAUGUAAGUCGGGAUAGUAUUGAAUACAUACUUGAAAAUAGCGAAAGGGGCAAUGCAUGUGUUAUAUUGGUGGGUGGCGCUAAGGAAUCUUUAGAAUCUAAACCGGGCACUUGUCUUGUAUUAUUGAAGAAUAGAAUGGGGUUCUGUCGAAUGGCUUUAAAGCAUGGUGCUCAUUUGGUUCCUGUUUACUCGUUUGGGGAGUCUGAUCUCUAUACUCAAGUCGAUAAUCCUGAGGGGUCAAAGGUCAGAUGUGUUCAGAAUUUCAUGCAAAAGUUGAUGGGAUUUGCUAUCCCUUUCUUUCAUGGUAGAGGAAUAUUUAAUUACAAUUUUGGACUAUUGCCUCAUAGACAUCCAAUCAACACUGUGGUUGGAGCUCCCAUUCCCGUGAAGAAGAUUGCCGAACCAACGCGGGACGACUUGCGCAAUUUACAUCAGAUAUACUGUGAGAAAUUAAAGGCUCUCUUCGAGGAACACAAAGUUAAUUAUGAAGGCUAUAAAGACAAGGAACUUAUCUACAUAUGAUUGUUACAUAACGCACACUGCACGUUACAAAUGUUGAUGUAUAUGGGAGCGCAACAUCUCCCAGCCAUUCAGAUCGACAACUUGUGUUUGCAAAUAGAUUUAAUCCAUUAAUAAACUUCAUUUACGGAACUAUUCAACAGUGUCCGGAAUAUGUGAUGUCACAUGGAACCACGAUUAAAGAUAGACGCUACUCAUA